AUGGGAAAUGCACGUCGACAGAAAAUAGAAAGAACAAUAGCAGCCGCCAAAAGGAAGAAUAACAAGGAGAGAGCUGCUAAAUUGGAGAAACUGAUGAAUAAGAGUAAUAAGGAGUUGGACGCUUUACCACAAGAGGAGUUGGAUGAAAUGGAAUUGGAUAAUGAGGAAGAGAACGGGGAGAACGGGGAGAACGGGGAGAAGGAGGAGAAGGGGGAGAAGGAGGAGAAGGGGGAGAAGGAGGAGAAGGGGGAGAACGGGAAGAAUGGGGAGAAGGAGGAGAAGGAGGAGAAGGAGGAGAAGGGGGAGAAGGGGGAGAACGGGGAGAAGGAGGAGAACGGGGAGAAGGAGGAGAACGGGGAGAAGGGGGAGAACGGGAAGAAUGGGAAGAAAAAGAAGACAAAGAAGACAAAGAAGACUGUGGUGAUUAAAAGUAUUGAACGCGACGAUAACUCAGUUUUUAACAGCGAUCCAGAAGCCGAAACAGACUACGACAGUGACGCCUCAUCUGCCACUUACGUUGACGAAGAAUAUGGUACUCCGUUACACACUAAUCCAGGAAUAACUCAUUCCAAAAAUAUCAAAACUGUUGGGUGGCGUGGUGGCAGAUCUACCACAUUUAUCAAUAUGCAUGGUAAAAAGAGCCAUGCAAGAUAUCGAAUUGAAAGUUUGUCAUACCCGAUGACCUAUGACGACCCCACACCUCCCGACGAAGAAAAUGUAUCCAACCCUAAUAAUAGAUUUGGAGAAAAGAGAAAGAAGAAUGGUAAAUAUUUGUAUACAAAGCGCCAUAUUCGUCACAUAUGGGGUGUAGCCUGGUGGACAGGCCAGAAAGCUUCAAAGUACGAUUUGGAUGCCAUUAAUCCUGACCUGGUGACGAGUUGGAGGUCUGUCCCAACAUAUGUCUUAGUAGAAUGGGACAUUAAAGACGAGACAAUCACAGACAAACACAAGAAUGUGAAAUCAUGGGAGCCACGAUCAGCUUUGCGAAGGUGUUGGCCGAAAGAUGCGGAUCAGAUGAUCUAUGAUGCGGCUGUUGAAGCAGAACAGAGAUUUGCAAGGGCCCGUGAUAGUAGCAUUGCUUAUACGCCAGCUAUCACAACAUUUUACACGUUCGCCCUCACCAUCAAGGCAAACAAGGUCACCCUCGCCAUCAAGGCAAACAAGGUCCUCAAGGCGAGCAAGGUCUCCCACGCCUGA